GUGGGUGUGUGCCCCCCCCCCCCCCCCCCGACUCAGAGGAGCGCUUGUGUUCACACAUCUGACAGCAAGUGUGCGUGGAAGCGUCCGUGUGUGAGUGUCGAUGAGGCUGCUGCGUCUCCACGCCCUUGUCAAAGCUGGCAGCCGCGCUCCGUUUGUCGCUUUAAGCCAACGCCACAGGGGAGGGGGAGGAGGAGGAGGAGGAGGAAGUGGGGAAAGUGAGGUGCCCCAUCCCACUUCGGUCCGGGCCGGCUUGGACCAGCAGAGGUGAUGGAACCAGAAGAAGAGGAGGGGAGUGAGGAGCAAAGAGGGGAGGGGUUAAGGGUAGUAAUUUAGGAGAGAGGAGGGGACACACAUGCCCACACAUUGACACACGCACACACACAAAUGCACCCAGACACGACUACACAAGGACACACACAUGCAGACACGUACACAAAUGCGCACAGACAAAAAACACAGACAGACACACAUUUAGGCGCCUUCACCUUGUGGCGCGGCUUCACGCACACGUGCGCAGACUUUCUCACAUGGGUGAGAGAGGCGCCCAGUUCCUCAGACCCCCCCCCCCUCCUCCCCCCAGUACCUUGGACACACUCACAUCUGGACUCGGCAGAACCCGGACCGGACAGUCCGUCUCCCGCCAGCAGAGCGCCACCUCUCGUAGGGCACAGCGAGUUCCCAUCACUCUGCGCUCCUCCCUCGCGUCCUCUCCAUUCAUUCAUCCCUCCAUCAACCCCCCUCCCCUCCCCUCCCCAGCUGUGAAGCGGCGUGCCGGCUGAAGGACACGGCGCUGCGCUCCGCUGUGGCGCGGCGCUCUGCUGGGAGAGAGUUGGAGAGCUCGAUCAGAUAGGGGGGACGGCGCUCCUCCUCUCACUCCUCUCUCCGUCUUUCUCUCCACCCCGUGCUCCCUCGUUCAUGAAUGUCACCUCUGUCUGUGGGAAAUGCCGGAUCCAUCAAGCUGUCCGUCCUUCUUCGCUGUCUUCUUUCUUGAGGGUGAGAGGAUGGUGACAGGAUGGUGACGAGCCGCGCUCCGUCCAGCGGCGUCCCUCCAUCAGCCUGUGGACCUGAUGCCUCAGACCGGACAGUCCCCACUUCUUCUUCUUCUUCUUCUUCUUCUUCUUCUUCUUGUGUGACACAGCUGCAGAUGGAGAGGUUUUGCUGGUGAAGGACAAAAAAGGGGAAAGGAGUCAUCCCUGCACUAUCACUACAUCCACUUUUGGAAGGUUUUUUAUGCAGACACUGUUGGUUUGGGACCUAUCUUAUUGUCUCCUGUUUGUGUAGUUUUUUUUUUAAUUUUUUUAAUGAGGCCAAUGUUUCAGUUUCCUUUCAGGCUAUUUGAGCUGAACCCCACUGGGGGCUGAGAGCUCAGUUGUGGAUUUUCAGAGGACAGAGAUGGCUCGUCGCAGUCGAAAGAUGGUAAAGAAUCAGAGUUUUUUCCAAGCCUGAGUCCCAAAAACAGGAAAAGCAAAGAAAAGGACAGUUAAGGGGAUCAAUCAUUCCCAAAAGUCCCUGUAAGUCUACGCACUUUCUUUUUUGCCGUCUUUUUUCCUGCUCUUCUGAAGUCUGCCCCUCUGCACCAUCACCUCAGCAAGUGCUUCGUCACCCUGGGUGAACGGGCGGAGGGGUGGCCCACGGUACCCCUCCACACCUGGGCGCCUCCGCCAAGCCGCCGAGGGCCGGUGAGGCGGCUGCAGGGUCAGCCCCGGGAAGAUGGCGGCACUCGCCAGCUCCCUCAUCCGCCAGCGCAGGGAGGUCAAGGACCCCCAAGCCAACCGGCAGAUCGCCAGCAAGCGCAAGCCUUGCCCGAAGAGCAACAAGUCCCUGUGCCAGAAGCAAAUCCUCAUCUUGAUAUCCAAGGUUCGACUAUGUGGCAGUCGAGGGAGGAAAAUGGAAAAAAGACCGGAGCCCCAGCUGAAGGGCAUUGUCACGCGCCUCUACUGCAGACACGGCUUCUACCUCCAGAUGCUGCCGGAUGGCACCAUGGAAGGCACAAAGGACGAAAGCAGCUCCUUCUUACAGUUCAACUUGAUUCCUGUGGGUCUGCGGAUAGUGGCCAUCCAGAGCACCAAGACAGGACUCUACGUCGCCAUGAACAGUGAGGGCUACCUCUACACUUCGGAACACUUCACACCAGAGUGUAAGUUUAAGGAGGGCGUGUUCGAAAACUACUACGUCACGUACUCGUCCAUCCUGUACAGACAGACCCAGUCGGGGCGGGCCUGGUAUAUUGGCAUCAACCGGGAUGGGCAAGUCAUGAAGGGGAACCGGGUCAAAAAGACCAAGGGUGCUGCUCACUUCCUGCCCAAACUUAUUGAAGUGGCCAUGUACAGGGAGCCCUCUCUGCACGACGUCGCUGAGCAGAGUCCGCCCAGGAAAACGCCCAAGACCUCCAGUGAUUCACCAGUGCUUCACGAUGACAAGAAAGACCCUCAGUCCAAAACCAAAACCUCCUCUUCCUAGCGCUUUGAGACUGGACGGAGAGGAGCAGCAGAUGACGUGGGACGAUUGCCACCAAUGGACACCUGAUGGAUGGUGUCGGGGGGGGGGGAGCUCCAACCCCAACCUGCUGCUUAAAACACAAACAAGUUGGAGAGAAGUAGCAGGUCCAGGAGGCGGAGCAGGCAAAAGGGGGUGGGGUUUUGAUCUUUUACAGACCCCGCCCACGCCAGCCCUUCAUCCUCUCGAGCCUCUGCGGUUUGCAGAUCCUGGGGUGUAAAAGCAAUAACUCCAUGAUGAGGUGAAGAGUGGCCGAGCACUGAAAAAGCAUGCCACCACAGCCUGAUUCACCGGCCCUCCGGUGACUUUCUUUGAAUUAACCAAAUAUCCCAUGAAGGUCUUUCUGGUUUUACCACAACUGGUGCAGAGAGGAGACUCGUCCUUCUGCAGCACAUUGUUCUCCAAUGGGUCGGGUUUUUUUUGUUUGUUUUUUUCCUUGAGGGGUUUUAUGCUAAUGUUAGCCAUGAGAAUGCGAGGCUGUCGCACAAACCCUUGCAGGUUUCAGUUCUGCAGCCAUCUGCUCCGUCCACAGCUUGUGUCAGCAGUUUUUUCUGCGAUGGCCUGAAUCCCCAUCAGCUCGUCUGUGUGUGUGUGUGUGUUUGUUUGUUUGUUUGUGUGAGGUUCCCUUCGUAUACUCACCUUUGCCACGAUUUGAUUAGUUUGUGACAUGGACUCAAUUUUCCACUCUGCAGCACAAGGAAACCCCUCCCGUCCCCUUGGCGCUGGUAAACGAGCAGCCAAGAGCUCCCCAGGCGCACCUCCAAACCCCCCGAGCUGACAUUUGCAGGCUUACGCCUACUGUCCGCACACACGCCAUUACGUUGCAACAGACUUUGACAUGCAAUAACCACACUUUUCUGUGGCACUCGGAUACGGCGGACAAUGACAGGUCGUGAGCAGUCGCGCUUUCUUUCCCGGUGGCCGAUCAUGCAUUGCACAAACCCUCGAGGGCCAGCUCGCCAUCUGCAGACACUCCUCCAGUCACCUCAGUACAGAUUGUUGCUCCCACCAAUAAAUCACCAGAAUACCACCUUAAAACGAAAAGCUGUGAGCCCAGAGAUCAAAACUUCGUAGAUCUAUAUUUGCUGUAAUUUAAAGCUUGAACAGAGCCUUGGGGCGUGUAGGUGCCCGGAUUCCUGGUCCAAUUUGCAAAACAACAGUAGGUGUGUUAAAAGGCCAUGCAUCAACGUGUCACGACAGAACAUCCAGUUGGAAAAACAUUUUGAAAAGUUCAGAAAUUCUUGACUUUAUUUUUCACAGAGCUCAUUUAGUGAUCGCUGCUGCACUGUGCGUCCUAUGCUCCUGGUAGAAGCUGCAUUAAUGCAUUUGUUUCCUCCACUGUGAUGUCUCCGUGGUUAUGUGAGGUGUCUACACCCUGCUUUACGGUAAGAAGGUUGUGAUGUAUGUAUGUGGCGGAUGAAACCUGACCUGUGAUGUGUUUUAAAAACUGCUUAAGGCCGUUUCACAUAGCCACUAUGUACAUGUUGCGCAUUUUUCAUUUUUUCUUGCGUUUUUCCUUCGGCGAUGUGCGCAGAUUUCAGUCGAGGGUUUCGGCCGAUGGGUCUUUACUUGAAUUUGAAUUUGAGCCAAUCAAAAUGUCUGGUCAGUUGUGAAUUACGCAGUAAUUACAUAGUUUAUACAGGAUUGUGUGUGAUUUUUGUGAGAUGCAUACACAAUUUUCCACAUAUGUUCAAUGUUCCAAAUAUGUUUAACGAACUUUUCACGCAUGUACCACCAAUGUAUAACUUUUACCUCGCGCAUACGGCACAGAUAUUACGUCAAUAUUACGGAAUUGACGCUUGAAUCACUCAUCAUUUUUAUAGAAACAGUGCAAUAAUCACGCACGGUUCAUGUUCUACGUUGAUUUUUCGUGUUCCUACGUCUUCCAAGUUUUAAUGUGGUACAUUUCUGAUACAUCAGUGAACCUUUCACGUAAAGACCACCGCUUUUCUCACUUUUUCCACAUAUAUUCAUGUAUGACCAAUUUUCAUCCGUGCAAUAUGCGCAAAUGUAUGUAGUGGCUGUGUGACACGGCAUCAAGAAGAGGAGUCAAGGUUCAUGUUAGUAGAAGAGACGGGAACAGAAAAAACCACCCAGAGCAGGCGUGGAUCACCGAAUCCCAAUCGUCCAAUAGAAACCCAUUCAAAUCAGUCAGACUGGUCCCACUGAUGGUGACGUGGAGCGUCCUGGGAGCAGCUCUCCCUGUGUUCAGGCUUUUUCCUGUGAUUCUUCACUCUAAACUAUGCAAAGCUUCAAUGUGUGUUCUGAAUCAAAAUAUAGGACUAGCAGCUUUGAACCUGCAGGGGGGUUACUUAUCAUACCACCCUGAAAACAUGAAGUCACACCAUACCUGAAAAUUUUUACUUAUUUUCCUGUUUAUUCUAAUGGUUUUUGUCAGAGAUGCUGCCACACUUGGUGGAAUCCAGGUUGAAAGUUUAAGUCCCAUCGGUUGUUACCAUAGACUGUAAAUGAGAAUUGGACCGAGUCAGUGUGAACUGUAGAAAAGGGCUCCAACCAACUGUCCAACCACUUAAGUUGAGACUUUUUCGGCAAUACGGACAUCGUCUGUAAGAUGGCAUUGGUCCAACAUUUCUAUGGCAACCAAUCUCGAUAAUCACUUCAAAGCAGGCUUGACAAAAAUCAAGUAAACAUUUCUAAUGUUUGACAAUCGACCACCUACUUUUAUUGAGGCAUCUGAUAGGUCAGUUUAUAUUGAAUAUAAAUGAAUAUAGUUUAUUUUUGAAUAAUUGUGCUACAGAAAAAUUUGGAUUAUGAAGAUCUUUUUAAAAAGGGCAGAGCAAGAAGGAGUAACAGCUGUUUAUUUCUCCAUAGAAGUCUAUGGGAUUUUGGCUUCUUGGAACCAGCAGGCACUUCCUGUUUGGAACUCCAGGGGGGAGGAGACGCUUAGUCCAGUUAUCAUAUACAGUCAAUGGUUGUUACGCAACUGGGUGUACAAAAUGUCUUUAUAUUUGACCCAUCUCCUGGGGGAGCUGUGAGUCACAGCUCUGCUCGGGAAACCCUCCAACCCUUUUUGCUCCUCUUCAUUGGAGGCAUUGCAUCCCAUUCUUAGUGUCAACCGUAGAUUCGAACCAGGACAAACACUCUACUCCCAGGCCACUACACAUUUAAGCGUCAGUGAACUGGUGUUUCAGUAAGAGAAAUGACACAUUUGGUUGUUUGACCCCUCCAAUAUAAGCUUUGAGUCCUAGUCUUUGGCGUGUCCCAACCAUUGGUCUGAGUUUCCGUUUCCCAGUUUUAUGGCAGACUCUUUUCCACUAGCCCACUGAGCGAGUUAAUUGUUUAAAGGAGGAGAUCAGAAAGCGGAGAAGCAUAUAGAAUAAAAAGGGCUUAUUUGGACAGGAUUUUUUUUUUUGCAUUAAAGAGAAAAGGACGAAGGAAGGGAUAAUCUGCCCAAUUCUCAAAGUAAAACGUCACCCUCACACGUGGGACGUUCUCGUUUUCUACAGUUGUGGUUGCCUCAAAACUCGCCCAAUGGGACUUUCAGCAGCGCAGAACAUUUAAAAAUAUGAUACGAUUACCGCUUUUCUGGGUUCUUCGUGCUAAGCUGACCUGGAAAAUGAGAUGAAAGUAAAAAAUGUCUCACAUUUUAGUAAAAAACUGCGAUUUUCUCAACAACAAGAGUCCUCAGUCAAUGCUUCCAUUGGUGAAACCGUCUUUCACAGCGAACUUACAGCAGGCACGUUUGUGUAUGGUGAGUCGUUUUUGCUCAGGGAUAGAGAUGAGACAACGGCAGAUAGAAAAGUCAAAGAGGAAAAACGAGAUGACGCUGUGUUCCAUCGGAACAUUGUCCUGGUUAUAGUCAUCUGAUUGUUGUAAAUAAUAACAGCUGAUAACCCGAUCAGGACUGAGGCCAGAAGAAAUCUACUUCCUCCCUGAGGCAGCAGAAGGCGCCCAAAGAAAAGAGGGAGGUAGAAUGAGAAGGAAAAUGAACAGUCAAAGCAAAGGCGGGGCUUUAAUGUUUCCUUAUUUUGCUGCACGCUCAAUCGAACUCAGCGUCCAACAUACAAGACCUUAAUUAAAGCGUCAAAUAGACCCUCGGCUCUGUGUGUUUGACCGGCCGGCCUCCGUGGAGAUCCAGAAAAGUGUUUAACCACCAUUUGCAAAAGUAAUUACUCAAAUGUUUUAAUUAAAAGCGGCUGCCAGAAGGAGGACUUGGACCAAACACCGUUCGCUGGGACGAUGGGAGGAAUUCAGCAAACAUGACUCAUACUCUCAUGAAAUUUAAGGGCUGGGAAAUCGAUGUUGCAAUACAUGUUUUUCAAAAAGUAUCUGUUGUGAUUGCUGCUUUUUUUAACCAGUUUUAACCAGGUUCUGAGGAACACGGGGAGCGUUAAGGGCUAAAGCUUGGGUGAAUGUAUAGAAACAAAGAGAAGGGUUACCUCCUACUUUCCCUGUUUAAAUUUAAACAACCCCUGUUUUAAAUUAUCCCAGGUUUUGCGUUGCGUUUCAGGACAAAACAAUAAUUGACUUGUAUAGUCAUUGCAUUGCAGCCUUUAACUCAGUUUAUAGCCGCAGUUUUAUGAAAGCAGGCCUUUUAGGAGGAAUUUAGUCUUGCGUCAGAUAUUUUAUAAAAGGAUAUUUAUUAAGUCUUAGUCACAUGAAUCCCUACGGGGGGUUUGACCCGUCUCUGCAGGUUUUUGGGUUGUCCGGGCCUGUAAAGGGUCAUAGAGAGGAGCGGGUGCAUCUUAGCGGGAGUGCCUUGCAGUUCCCUAUUGGCUCGUGUGGCCUUAAAAUGGAACGUACCAUUGUUGUACGAUUGGUAGGUGUAUUGUGAAGUAUUCAUAAGGCUAGUGUCAAGUUGCACGCACUUAUGAUGUACAGGUGAUGCAGUCGUACACCACACUCUAGUCAUUAGUAAGGUAUUACUACGCCAUUAAUGCUGCAUGAACUUUGUGUGCACGUGAUAGUGCACGUAGGACACCCACACAAACUAUGCUCUGACUGUCUAAUUUCCUCAUUAAUUGGGUGAACAACGCUAACCGAAUGAAUUACGUAUAUCACACAUGUAUCCUGAAAAACGGACAUUUCAUACGUGGAAAAUGUCGGAAAUGUACGAAGUGGCUGUGUGACACGGCCUUACGGCUGCUCGCCACUGGUCCGUCCGCGGUGCGUUCUCCGUUAGAAUAGAACCUCCGCACCACAACGCAAGCUUUACUCAGGAGUUCUGUUUUCAGUCCGCUGACCUGUCAAUUUAGCGGCAGAAAGUCAUGGAACUGAAAACAGGUCCAGGUUUCCAAAAUACAAGCUUUAUAUUUCAUAUUAACUGUGACGUGUCCAUGCGAUAACGCAGAUAAAACCACCAUGGACGACAAUAGUUUAAAGGUGGAGGUUCAAAAACAGCAUUAUGUGCGACACAAAACAAGGACGGUUAGGUUAGGAAUGAAAGGGCAAGGGGGUUUGAUUGUUUAGGUACUGGAGAAGCAAAACAAACUACUUGACACGGGCGCGACAGGACAAACCACUCCUCCAGGAUCCAUGGGAGAGGGGGGACGGAUCGAAGACGCAACAGAGUCAGUGUCAAUCAAUUGACGGUCUUGAGACAGACUCCCCACGCAACGGAGACGCCCCGCAGACGGACCAGGGGAUAUUUGGAGUAAAGGCAGCGGUAGGCAUGGAUUCAGGGUUAGGUGCAAUCCAUUAAGGACUUAGUUUUUAUUUUCAAAUCUGCAGGAUUUUGCAGACUUUUUAUGGAGUUCAUUUAUUUUUACAACAAGUUUUUGCAAAGUUCUUUAGCAAACAACAGUUUGCGAUCAGAGUAAUUAUAAAAUCUUGUUAUUUUUUGGGGCCGUUAAAAGUUUUACAUUUGAAAUUUGCGUCAGGGAUUUGACAUAUAGGGUCAAACAGGUGUAGAAUUGCUGAAACUGUCUGUGGGUUGUUGUUUUUUUUCUUUUUCUUUUCAUUGUUUGUUUUCAUGUUUACGGAAGUUGCAAAUGAGCUUUUCCAGUUCCGGCAGGUCUGCUCUCCAGACUCCAGCCUUCACUUCAAAUAGUUCUGCUCUUAUUACCGUUUAUCUAGAGCGUCUUUCUGGCCUCCAUUGUUUGUUGCGGCUGAAUCUCAACUUAUGCAUGCCUACAGAUCGGACCCUGGCCGUUAAACGCCAGCCCCUCUGGAGAGUUCGGCCCCGCAGUGUCUUGGCGGGGAGAACGGCGGGAGUAGAUAUCGAAGGGAAGUAAAUGAUGUGUAUCUGAUUCCACUGCACUCUGAAUGCACACCUGUCUCCCCGGGGACUCCCUUCACUCUGGUUUUUCUGAAGUCAGGGCCCUCCCUGCUUACUGAGCGAGUUACAGCUGCAGCGAGGGGAAGGGGUCACACAGGGUUGUGAAGGACUCGCAGAGAGACGAGGUGGAUUAGCGCCGUUUGUCACAUGACUCGGUGUAGCUAACUCGUACCUUCACCGGCUCUCUUUGAAGUUCCUCUGUGAUCUUUUAUUUUAUUUUUGAAACUUUCCAUUAGUCUCAACGUUUGUGCAGACAUCCCAUUGAUCAGCUCUGGUCCUCGUCUGUAAAUGUUUUGUCUCUGUGACUGAACAUCUGUGUGUGUCUGUUGUGUGUAAUCGAGAAAAGGCAGAACUUAACAAAACACAAAAAAAGAAAUUUGAGGAUUAAUCAGAGGGCGAAUCGAUGAGCGAUGAGCGAAUAAACUUCAUUAACAAGUUGCGUUGUCGGGGGGGGGGGAAGAGGAGGCUUUUAUUUUUCCAACUCUGUGCCCUUUUGGUGGUAAGCCGGCUGUUUAGGCGUUACUUUGAGGUGGAGUCCCUCAACCCACAUCUGCAAUGCAGCAGAAAACACACACACAAAAGAGAGGACGGAGGAAAUGAAGCUCACGUUCGGAAGAUCGAGGACUUCCCCCAGACAGACUCAUUCAUCUCUUUAAAUGCGUUCAAGCCGCUAAGACUGUGUUUCUAAAGAUCACUUUCUUUCUUUCAGCCAGCACAGACUGGGCUUAGGCCUUUUUUUCUUAGAAGAUUUGAUGUGAUUGUAAUGAAAGGAUUUGAGACAAUGGGAUCCUCUGUUUGGGCUCUACAUUUUGGUUAGUAGACGCAGAACUAAAGACCCGAUCAAAAAUAGUGUUUUUAACAUGAUCUUGUCGAGUUUUUUUUCAUGAUUGACAGAUAUUAAGAAAAUUUAGACAAAAUUUGUAUUUCUGAGUAUUUCUUUAUUCCAAUUAAUGUAAAUCGAGAGCAGACAAAAAAAAAAGCAGUUUUAAAACGAUCGUAUUUGUGACGUAGGAUCUCCCUGCUCUGCUCCCUUCUGAUGCAUCCACUUGUAGACCAAUUCAUUUUACUCAUCUGAGCUCAAAACUGUACGGUUGGUUAGCUCCAAUAUUAGUCGCCACUUUUGAUGCACUGCUAAUGUUAGAUUGUAGGGAUUAUGGGAGGUGGGGGAGGAGCUUACUCUGCUCCAACAGUCCCGCCCACUACCCGGAGGAGAAUUUCUAAUAAACUACUGCCGCUUUGCAGGAACUAAGUCCUAAAAAAAAGACAUUUAAAAUAAAAAAAAUUGGCUAAAACUGCAUAAUCGUAACUGAGAGACCACUGGGAAGGCUUUUAAAAAUAGAUCAAAAGAUGAUCGGAGUUCUUUCACACGAGCAAGGCUUGGACCUGUUUGGUUCAAAUGGUAAAGGGACUGGUUCUGGGUUAAUUGGUGCCUCUAAAUUGUCCCAAGGCAACCUGUCCAAGUUGUAUCCCAUCUUCAACUAAUUGGAGCUGGGAUAGGCUCCAGCAACCCUGUGACCUUAAAGGUCACAGGGAUUCAUGGAUGGAUGGCGUAGAGUAAUGCUAAAAAUCAGUUCUGUCUUUUUUUGGGUUGGGUGCAUUUACUGCUUGGAAAUGCCAUGCGUCUUUUGGUGGCGGUGCCAUAAACCAACAAAAUAGGAAACGACCUGAGAAUUCUCCAGAUUUUCAUCUCUUCUUUAAAUCCAUUAUGUUUUCAAAAACAAUUUGGUUUCUGCAAGCCUUCCAUUUGCUGAGCAGUUUUCUGGAGUUUUCACACCUUUCUAAAUAGAGUGGCCCGAUCAGGGAAUAGAAUUCUGGUGUGGACCAAACAGCUCAGUGUGAACGUGCCCAUAAUCUCAGUUCCAGAUCCAAAAGAAAUGGCAUCUUUUGACCUUCAAGUCCUCCUCUGAGUUUCAUUUGGCCCAAAGGCAGUACAUGGACUGCUCCCUCAAACAUGCUUGUGUGUGUGUGUGUGUGUGUGUUUAUCUUUGAUUGACAGAUCUUUAUUGAAUCCAUUUUUUACCUUUUAUUUUUGCUUAAAUGCAUGAACCAACUGCGAGUCUUCCAGAAAGGUCUGAAGGUGAUCCUUGUUUAGUCUUCCAAAAUGCAAUAAGAGUUCCUCCUGUCUUCCAUGUAUCAAAGCCACAAUGAGACUAUUUUUGUAUUUUACUGAGGCAAGAACUAUAUCUAUAUAUCCCUCUAUAUAAACAUAUACAUGCAAAUGUGAGUUUAGGGUAAAUUGCCUCCCUCUGCUGCCAGCAAGGUGGAGCAACACCACCGUCUGCCAUCCAACCUGGAGAAAAGAGAGAUCCCAUUGCAAAGACUGAACUGGAACCUGCAGACUGGAGUUGGUGAGUAAGCGGAUCGCAGAUGAGAAGGACAGCAAGCAUGCAUGCGCCAAGCAUUUACUGGACACUUUGGAAGAAACAAUACGCAAUAUUUACUCUUUGACUCCUAUGUUUCCCUCCUCCCUGACAACUCUUACUAUCCCAAACUCUUGUCUCUGCAUUUGCAAUAUGAUCUGUAUUUAUUUCUAUGAUAACUUACACAAAGACAAGAGAGACAUAUUAUUGAGUAUAAUUGAAUAAAAUAAACUAAUAUAUUUGUAUGAUUGUAAAGCUGGUGUCUGGAGACUUUUCUUAUUGGUGGGGUUUUUAUCUUUGAGAUACUGCAACAUGUUCUGUGACAUACGACAACGACAUACUUCACACAUUUCACCUAUCGCAGGGUUUUUUUGGAAUGCAACUCCAGCAAUAACCAAGAGAUCACUGUAAACAAACGUAAAAGCAAUGCAAAAGCCAUACAGGAAGCGGGAACGAGUGGUUUUACAGUUGGUGUCACAAUUAUUUAUCAUUAGUAAUCGUUGGUAAUUAAAGAUUGGAAAUUGAUAAAUUCGUUGAUUAUUUCUUCAAUAGUUGUUUGUGUUGAUGUCAGGAAUUGACAAUAAAAAGUAUGCUAUCUCCAGUAGCAAGUGAGAACAGAAGAAAAAGCUGCACUAGAUUAACAAAACACUGAAAGUAACCCUUGUGCUAUCCUAGGCACUUCAACGUUGGGAGUUGGGUCAUCUAGACCCACUAGACAGUGCUCUGAACCUUUUUUCUUCAAUGAUUUGUGAUCUUCACUGGUGUCCAUGGAUUACAUGAAAUCUUUCCACCUUUAUCCACCUUUGUCAUGGUAGGGAGGACAUGUCAAUGUUAGGGUGGGGUCAUAGGAUAGCACAAGGGUUAAGACGCGCUACCCGACUUCACCGCCCCCCAUUACCCCUUUUUCAGCCCUCACUGGCUGACACCCUGAUCAGAGCUGUACAUGACGAAUUCAUUAAAUAAAAACAAGUUUUCCU